UUAAACACCGUCAAAUUCAAGGUUUAAGUUAGUCCGGUAAAUAAAAGUAAUGUAAACUGUUCUAUUUUUAUUACAAUACCUUUUAUCGUAAAAACUGAUUAACAAUAGUGUACCUCAAGGCGUAUAAAUGGCUGCAAAAAUUAAUACUGCUGAUCCACCUUCAUCGGCAAGUUCAGAAAGCGAUUUAGAAGAAACCCAAGCCGACUUUUCCGAGGUAUUUCAAGAUGUUGAGGAAGAAAGCAGUGGAAAUCUAUCCCCAGCAUCACCAAUAACCGUGCCGUACUGCCCAAGACCCCCUUCAACAGGUUCACAAAGAUCUCCAAGAUCUAGAAGGCAAAGAACUACCUCUUUAAACAAAUCUUCCAAAGCUCCAAGAGCAGAAUCAAUCAUCAGAACGCAACACCGUACCAUUUACACUGCUGGGAGACCCCCGUGGUACAACAGUGGGGGAGAGAAAGUUGAACCGUUUGUUAUUGGUAUCUGCGGAGGAAGCGCAUCAGGGAAAACGACAGUAGCAGAAAAAAUCAUAGAAUCUCUUGGAGUGCCAUGGGUCACUCUGCUCAGUAUGGAUUCUUUUUACAAAGUAUUAAAUGAAAAGCAACAUGAAAUUGCUCACAGAAACGAGUAUAAUUUUGAUCAUCCAGAUGCCUUCGACUUUGAGUUGCUUUACACCACUUUACACAGACUUAAACAGGGCAGGAAAGUUGAAGUUCCAAUUUAUAACUUUAUGACGCAUGCUAGAGAAACAAGGACGAAAACUAUGUAUGGUGCCAACGUCAUCAUUUUCGAGGGCAUCUUGACCUUCCACAACCCCAAAGUCAACGCCAUGCUGGACAUGAAAAUAUUUGUUGACACGGACGCCGAUGUCAGACUAGCCCGUCGGUUGAAGAGAGACAUAAGCCAGAGAGGCAGGGAUAUGGCAGGGGUGCUCAAGCAGUAUACGGGAAUGGUUAUGCCGGCUUUCAACCACUACAUCGCCCCCUCGAUGAGCCAUGCCGAUAUAAUCGUUCCUAAGGGAGGUGAGAACGAAGUGGCGAUACAACUUGUAGUACAGCACGUACAGGCGCAACUUCAAUUGAGGGGGUUGAAACUCCGGGAAGAACUAGCCCAAGCCUUUGCUUGUAAUAAACAACCCCGACCACACACCGUUAGAUUAUUGCCGACAACCCCGCAAAUCAGAGGCCUGCACACUUUCAUCAGGAAUAAAGAUACACCGAGAGAUGAGUUUAUUUUCUACAGCAAACGCCUGAUUAGGCUCGUUAUUGAGUAUACGUUGUCGCUGAUGACUUUCGUGGAUAAGACUGUGGAAACGCCACAAGGGGUUCAGUAUAAUGGUAAAAAAAUGGCGACAAGCAAUAUUUGCGGGGUGUCGAUUUUGAGAGCUGGAGAAAAAGAUUACAAAGUCAUAUUGAUGGAUGCCACAGUAGCCACCGGUGCAGCUGCGAUGAUGGCGAUCCGUGUCCUUCUGGACCACGACGUCCUCGAAAGCAACAUCCUCAUAGUUUCACUAUUGAUGGCCGAAUCUGGCGUUCAAUCGAUAGCCUACGCCUUUCCCCAAGUGCAAAUCGUCACGACAGCCAUAGAUCCGGAAAUCAACGAUAAGUUUUACGUGUUGCCAGGAAUAGGCAAUUUUGGAGACCGGUACUUUGGGACUGAACCAUCGGAAAGUUAGGCAUCGGGUAUUUCUGCUGAAAAAUUUAGUGACUGAAGCUCCGGAGAGUGGCUUUGUUGUUUUCUUUUUCGGGAUUAUUGACUCAGCAGAAACAUGUAUCUAAGCAUGUUGAAGUAGUCUGAUAUCCAAAAAUUUAAAAUCUAACAAAAAAAUGGAAGGAUUGGGUCCCAGAACUGAUUAUAUUAUGAGGCCUAGGUUGGAAAUGAAGGCGAAGAAAUUUACAAAAGGGCUGUACAAAAAGUAAUGACAAAAAGCCAGGAUUUUUUCUAUAGUUUGAAUCUGAAGGCCAAAUUUAGACAUUGGUAGGGUAUCAUGUCAGAAUGAGAUCAUUAAUAUUCUUAUGCGAUCUUUUAUUAUUAGAGUAACGUAAAACUGUUACCAAAACAGAUUUCAUUAAUUUGCAAUGGUGUUUCACCUUUUCCUUCAAGAGAAGGGUAUGGUUCAAGUAACUCAGAUAUCAACCGACAUUCAACAUUCAAUUCCUUUUAUCCAAGAGUAUUUUUCCAGUACACUUCCCUUUUCCACAAUUGCAUUCGCUGAUUAAGUAGUUCAACAGAUUCUGUCAAUACAGUUCACAAAAGUACUCAACAUCUUUCAAAAGUGUCAAUAUCAAGUAUCCUGUAUUUCUUCAAAAUACUGAAGUCUACUGGAUUGAGCUCUUACAUCAGUACUCCAAAUACUUCAUAUUUUUGAAGUACCUAUUUGAGUCAGUCAAAAUACUUCAAACUCAAAUAAAAAGUAUCAAGUACUAGUACACAUCAUAAUGUUGCCUGAGAUGAUGGCGAAACGUCCAUCGAAAAACAUUGACCGGAUGAAUACCUGGAAAAACAACUCAGAAUAUUUUGCCAGCCAUGGAAAGCUCCACUGUAAUAGGGUGUAACCACUGGAUAUAUUAUUUUGAAUCAAAACGCAACAAAAGAAAGCUUCUUAUUGAUGCUAUCAAACAUAUACUAACUUACGAAGUAAUCGCAAGAAAUACAACUGAGAAAUUAUUUAUGGAAUACUUUUAAAUCCUCAUUCAGAGUACUCUUGCUAUUUUGAGUAUUUCAAGUUCCAUCACUACUUGAAUAUUCCAUAAAUGUAUUAUUACUAUUAUGAUAUUUAUAUAUUUUCUGUAUUCAACACUUUAAUCCCAAAAUUGUAUACUGUUCCUGCGUCCUAAUACCUGUUUGGAAAAUAAAAGGUUUUUUUAUCAGGCACUUAAUGUAUUUUUCAAGUAUUUGAAGUAUUUUUAGUUCUCCAAGUAUCUAUUUUAUGUACUUGAAAGGUUUUUUAUUAGGUACUUAACGUAUUUUUCAUGUAUUUGAAGUAUUUUUAGUACUCCAAGUAUCUAUUUUAUGAACUUUAAAUAAUUCCAGUACAAGUAUUUCAGCUUUUAUGAAGGUACUUAACAUACAGUACAUGUAUUAGAAGUUUUCUGAUUGAUUCGGCCGUUACUUGAUGAAGAUCCAUAGUGGAGAUCAAAUCGUGAGGUGUUUUUGAAAAAUAUAUUAGAAGAAUAUGGAAUCAUGUACAUAUUUUUUGUACUUGAAAUAAUUACAUUCACAUACGAAUGUAAAUAAAAUAAUCUUAAGUACCUCUUUUAUAUGUAAGUACUUAAUGUACAGUUAUUUGUACAUGUAUUUGAAGUAUUUUCAAUACUCUUAAGUAUCAAUUUUAUGUACUUGAAAUAAUUUCAGUACUAGUAUUCCACAUAAGGAUGUACAUGAAAUUAUCUUGAGUACCUCUUUUAUGAAAGCACUUAAUGUACAGUUAUUUGUACAUGUAUUUGAUGUAUUUUAUGUACUUAUGUACAUAUUUUAUGUACCCAAAAGAAUUCCAUCAGAAUACGAAUGUAGAUUUAAUAAUCUUAUUACAAAACAUUGAAGAUUUCCACAAGUAGAAAGCAAAACCUUACUUUCCCAAAAAUUAAGCUCUCCUAAAAACAUACUUACUUCGUUCUACUUGUACGUUCUUUCUUUAACUAAGUAAAGAUCUCUUGUUUUAUCUAGGCUGGACGUUAAAAGAAAGACAAAUUUUUAAACACAGUUACACACCCUGUCAAUUCGAAACUGACGGUUAUCAAAAGUACAACUGAAUUUCCUUCCAGGAUUACGAUUGUCAAUACUUUUUGUGCAGUCCAAAUAACUAAGGGGUACAUAUUUAUUAAUUUUUUGUUAGAGACUCUAGGCAAAUUGGCAUAUUUUUCAAGUCAUUUAAAUAGGUAUAUGUACUUAAAUCUAUAAUGUAGUUUUUGGCUGGAUAAUAAUUUGCUAAAAUAAUUAAGUAUCAAUUCAUUUUAAGCAACAGACUUUUGUCAAUUCUGUAUUUUACUGAAACUGACUUCCAUCAAUUUUUUUAAGUUGACUCUUCAUUAUUGAAAAACUUUUUUCAAUAAAACUAAUUGUUUAAACUGAUACAACUGUUACAUAAGAAUAGUCCGAGAAGGUAGUAAUAGACUAUUGAAUAUUUUGAUAUAAGAUGAUAAAAGUGAUGCAAUAAAGUCUUUUUGUUA